AUUUUGCAAGGCCCAUGCUUUUGUUUAACAAUGAACCAAGUUGUGUAAGACCAUGUUCGAGCUAUUUAUUCAUGGACUGGAAACCUUGUUGGUUUUAACCUCAACCUAGAAGAUCCAUUUGCCAUUAUUGUCCUUCUAGGGUUUUCAGUUCAAUCUCAGGCUUCCUCUCCUCAUCCCAAUAAUGAGAAAGAAGAAAUCGAAAGAACCAGAAACGCCGGUUGGAGGUGACACCGUUUCAUCUCAAUCUGAUAAUAUCUUCAAAACCAUCUUCGGCGACGUUUCGGAGUCAAAUCCCGCCGUUUCUUCCCUUUUCUCUGAUAGCAAUCCCUUCAAAAGAAAAACCCUAGAAUCCGUUGAAAGCCCUGAAAAAGUUGAUUCGUUGGGUUCAGAUACUGUUGAAUUAAAGCAGAGGAAGCGAAAGGAUAACGAGAAAAGUCAAAACCCUAGCUUGGGUUCAAUUGAAGAAGCAACAGAGAGUCACAAAGAGAAGACAGUGAAGACCCUAGAAAACCCAAAUAUGGGUUCUUUAUCAGGCAAUGUUGAAAGUUCAGAUUUUGACGCAAAAAUCUUAACAGGGCAAGAUGUGAAACGGAAGAAGAGGAAGAGGGAUGAGGUGGAAAAGGAAUAUGAGGAAAAGAAAUAUGGUUCGGUGGCAGUGGCGGUGGCAGCGGAGGAGGAGGUAGUUGUUGGGCAGAAGAGGAAGAAGGCAGAGGAUGAUGGGGUGGUUACUUUCGUUCCAAAAGAAGGGUUUGAUGAUGAGAGUAAACUUCUGAGGACUGUUUUUGUGGGAAAUUUGCCAAUUAAAGUGAAGAAGAAAGUGUUGAUAAAGGAGUUUAGUACGUUUGGAGAGAUUGAGUCUGUCAGAAUUCGAUCUGUUCCUCUCAAUGACACUAAGAAACCGCGAAAAGGAGCUAUAAUGUUGAAGCAAAUUAAUGAGAAAGCUGAUAGUGUUCAUGCAUACAUUGUUUUCAAAACAGAGCAAUCUGCUGAGGCAUCUUUGGCCCAUAACAUGGCUGUGGUCGCAGGAAAUCAUAUUCGUGUUGAUAGGGCAUGCCCACCAAGGAAAAAGUUGAAAGGGGAGAAUGCUCUUCUAUACGAUAACAAGAGGACUGUUUUUGUUGGUAAUCUCCCAUUUGAUGUGAAGGAUGAAGAAAUUUAUCAGCUAUUUUGUGGUAUCAAUAAUCUGGAGUCCAGCAUUGAAGCUGUUCGGGUUGUUAGAGAUCCUCAAUUUGGUGUUGGCAAGGGUAUUGCUUAUGUCUUGUUCAAAACAAGGGAAGCGGCAAAUGUGGUUGUAAGAAAACGAAUACUGAAGCUUAGGGAUAGAGAGCUUAGGCUUUCUCAUGCCAGACCUGAUGCCACCCCAUCUAAGAGAAAGAAUCCGUCAUCUUCUGGGACAAAUGGUACCCCAGCCAAGAAGUUGGCAUUGGAUUCAAUUACUCCUUCAACUAAUGGCAACAGAACAAACGCAAAAGCUUCUUUGUCAUACCAGGGCUUGCGUGCUAGCAAAUCAGGUGUCGAGAAGAAAGUUCAUUCAAAGGGCACUAGUGGCCCUUUAAAAAUGAAAGUUAAUGCUCAAAAAAGUGAGAAGCCAAAAGAGCGCACGACCAAAAGACCAGCUGUUGCCGCUAGAAAGGCCAAGGCAAAAGCACACAAGGAUGCUGGUGUUUCAAAACAAGGAGGUGUAAAACGCAAGCUGGACAGCUUGAGUCCUGGGAGCGCCCAUCAGAAGAAGAAAGCCAAAAGAUUUAGGUAGGAACAGAAGAAAGACUUUGUAUCAUACUUGAUAAAAAGGUCCAACCCGAUAGAAUUAUUGUACUAGUACUGAGAAGUUUCAAAAUAUCUGCACCCCUAUAACAAAGUGUUUGUUAAUCAGCCAGGCAUUCUAGCAAGGAUUGUUACUUGUUUUAUUCUUACAUCGUGUUAAUGCUUUUUCCUGUUUUUUCUAUUGCUUUGAAUAACAAAAGACUGAAAAUAAAAUGGAGAAACCCAGAAAGUGCUAAAAGCAAGUCUAUAAAUAUUUAUUUUGAUUAUAUGAUUCUCCUCAAGCGAAUUAAUGGAGAAUCUGUCCAUUUGCUGAAAUUUACGGUAAUGAAAAGAAAAUGCGAGAGAUUUCACAAUGGAGAUUUACCAAUGAUGCAUUGAAGAAUAUUAACAGGCUGCUUAAAGGCAUAUUCUUAAAGUCUUUUCUUUGAAGUCUUUUCCUCAAUGCAAAUCCUUAGACAAAAUUAGUAAGCAGGAAUUAUUUGUAACUUAAAAUAUAUUGUUUCUUAAGGUGAUGACGUGUUAGUUAAAUCUGCUUCCAAAGAUUUGCAAAUUGCGUGUGAAAUGAAACUCGUGUCUCUAAAAUUUUCUUAGCUUCAAAGCUAUGGACAUUAAACAGAUAACAGAUUGAAAUAACUAUCAGUAUCUUGUUCACAAAGCAAGGGAACCUUGCCAUUGACCUUCAAGGCAUUACAUUGAGGGAUGUUCCCUUUUUUUUUUGUUGGCACAAAUGAGUUGUAAAAUUUAAUACCGCAGGAAACAACAAACACU